AUGGUCGAGUUCACAGUUUUCAAAGGCGGCAAGGCUGGCAUCGUCCAAGCCACCUCCCAGCGCGAGAUUGGUCCGCAUGACGUCCUCGUCAAGAUCACGCACAGUGGCCUGUGUGGUACCGAUCUCCAUCACAAGGACAUGGACAUGGGGCUUGGUCACGAAGGCGUGGGCAUUGUCGAAGACAUUGGCACGGACGUGACCAUGUUCAAGAAGGGCGACCGAGCCGGUUGGGGAUACAUCCACAACGCCUGCGGGCAGUGCAAGCAAUGCCUUCGUGGCGCCGAAACCUUCUGCUCUCAACGGCAGUAUUACGGCACGGCCAACUUCGACCAGGGAUCCUUGGGCACCCACGCCGUCUGGGUCGAGAACUUCCUGUUCAAGAUCCCCCCGGAAAUCAGCUCCGAGCACGCGGCCCCCUUGAUGUGUGGCGGAGCCACCGUCUUCAACGCUCUCCACCUCCACGGGGUCAAGAGCACCGACCGCGUCGGAGUCAUUGGCGUGGGCGGUCUCGGGCAUCUGGCCAUCCAAUUUGCUGCGGCAAUGGGGUGCAAAGUGGCCGUCUUCUCUGGGACAGACAGCAAGAGGGAGGAAGCGCUCAAGCUCGGCGCCCAUGAAUUCUAUGCGACUAAAGGCCAAACGGAGCUCAAGGUGUCCCAGCCCAUCGACCACUUGCUCGUGACGACCGCCUCGCAGCCCAACUGGGACAUGUACCUCCCCAUCAUGGCACCCUCGGGCACGAUUUACCCCCUCACCGUCAGCUCAGGAGACCUCAAGAUGCCGUACAUGGCCAUAGUCAUGAACGGUCUGAAAGUUCAGGGUAGCCUCGUGGCCGCGAGGCAGGUCCACCGGGAAAUGCUCGAGUUCGCGGCCGUCCACGACUUGAAGCCCAUCAUUCAGACCUUCCCGCUGACUGAAGGUGGCGUCGACGAAGCCUUUCAGAUCUUGGAGAGUGGCCAGAUGCGGUACAGAGGGGUCCUUGUGGCAUAG